UCAGCCAUGAGGUUAUAAAAAGGCCUCCGCUGCUCUCACUCUGCUACCUUCCACGUACAUUCUACCUGUCAGUUCCCCCCACGACCGUCCUCUGCGGCUGUCUUUGCAGUGGGUCCGAUAACGACGUCAACACUGGAGCUGUAACAUUAACAACCGGGGCUCCGGUUUAAAGCGUCGCCGCAAGCUCGCAGUGUGAUCUCUUGCAACGGCCUCUGAAACCAUUCCGUUUCGGAGAAAGUGCAAUCGGAUAGGCCAGACAGACACCACUGCCGCAGCCGCCUCACGUCCUUCCCCAGCAAAAAACCCACAGAUAACCCAAAUUGAAGCAAAAAUGGUGCAAAAUAAGAUCACCGAAGUCACUGGAUUCCACCGCUCUUUUAAGGGCCAAAAUCCUUUUGCGACAGAUGAAUUCACCAAAAAUGGAUCCCAUCUCAUUGACUCAACAUUUGAUUUUGAUUCCUCCCCAAGGCAUGACCUACCUUCCAGCCAGCCUAUUGACAUCCCCGAUGCCAAGAAGAGAAACAAGAAGAAGAAGCGUUGCAGGGCAACAGACAGUUUCUCAGGACGAUUUGAGGAUGUAUACAGACUGCAGGAGGAAGUACUGGGAGAGGGAGCCUAUGCUCGGGUGCAAACGUGCAUAAACCUCAUCACCAACAAAGAGUAUGCUGUCAAGAUAAUUGAAAAAAGACCGGGCCACAGCCGCAGCCGAGUCUUCCGUGAGGUUGAGAUGCUCUACCAGUGCCAGGGUCACAGUAACAUCCUGGAGUUGGUGGAAUUCUUUGAAGAGGAAGACAAAUUCUACCUGGUGUUUGAAAAGCUCAGAGGAGGUUCGAUUUUGGCGCACAUUCACAAAAGACAGCACUUCAGUGAGCAGGAAGCCAGUAUUGUUGUGCAGGACAUUGCCAGAGCUCUGGAUUUCCUGCAUAACAAGGGAAUGGCACACCGAGACCUCAAACCUGAAAACAUCCUCUGCGAAAGUGCAGACAAGAUCUCUCCUGUUAAGAUUUGUGACUUUGACCUGGGCAGUGGCAUCAAACUGAACAGUGACAGCUCACCCAUCUCCACCCCUGAGCUUCUCACUCCUUGUGGCUCUGCAGAGUACAUGGCACCUGAGGUGGUCGAGGCCUUCAGCGAGGAGGCCACCAUUUAUGACAAGCGCUGUGACCUUUGGAGCCUCGGUGUCAUCUUGUACAUCAUGCUUAGUGGCUACCCACCUUUCGUAGGCCGCUGUGGUGGGGACUGUGGCUGGGAACUGGGGGAACCCUGCCACACAUGCCAGAACACCCUGUUUGAAAGUAUUCAAGAAGGAAAGUACGAGUUUCCAGACAAAGACUGGGCUCAUAUCUCCUCAAGUGCCAAAGACCUUAUAUCCAGACUUCUGGUUCGGGAUGCCAAAAAGCGCCUUAGUGCUAGCCAGGUGCUGCAGCACCCGUGGGUGCAGGGGGGUGCAUCAAACACUCUGCCAACGCCUCUUUUUCAUCAGAGAACCAGCAAUGCGAGGGAUCUGACAUUCUUUGCCGACAAAGUCAUGGCUGUGAACCGGCAGCUGGCUGAACAGGAUGGCAUGGAGGAGCAGCAGCAGCAGGACACCCCCGUGGUGGUCACCGCUGCCGGCUCUUCAAUGCACCUCUCUCCUCCUUCCAACUCAAAGCUGGCCAGGCGCAGGCAGCGGAGCAGCCAGCCCAAAGGAGGGCCCGUCUCUGCUGCUGAGCUCCGUCAGCUCUUGGCCCCUCUUGUUAUUGUGGGCGACUGUGCCUGAACUUUUGUCAACGCUGACCUCAAACUUCUGUUAAGAUCGGAGGCCUGAUGCUCCCUUUUCCCCAAUUAAGCCUCCCUGUUGACUCUUGCUGGCCUUGGUCCCUCGCCAUUCGGGCUCUUUCUGCCUCGCUGUAAGGGGAGACCACAGUUCUUCCUCUAAAUGCCUUUUGACCUUCUGCAGCACUUCUAAAGCACAUCAGCCCAGGGCCUGCAAGUACACAGAUGCACGUCCAGGUUUUUGGGGAGAGGGGAGUGAGAGAGAGAAGUAUUUUCUAAAUUAUCUUCUUUUUUUUUUUUUUUUUUUCCUUGCUCAGUUCAUCGAAAUCCGAAUACUUAUUUUUGAAACUAAGCUCAGACACCAAAGGACAACUUAUCGUGCUGCUCCCACGUUACAACUGGAUCCACUGUGAAUUAAUUUGUCUGGAAUGUUCUCUUUGCCUGUAUGUAAACGCAUGAAUGGUCAAUCUGCACAUACGUACAAGCUUAUGCAAUAUGCCAAGAUGAAGGCUGUUCCUGUCUGAGGAAUUGAGUAUACGGGGUCGGAAGGGCGGUAAGCCAAUGCUGUCUGUGCCUGGUGCAGUUAUUGUGUGGCUGGGGACACUUAAUUUUUUUUUUUUUCCUCUCCCCCCUUUCUGGUCUCCAUUCAUAACAAAGCAAGGGAGUCUGGCUUGGUGGCCAUGCAAUUAAAGCACCAGGAGCAGAGAAUGUCUACACUGCCAGCCGUGAUUGAACUAGUGCACUGAUUUAUACAGUUUGGCUCAAUGCUAAAUGACCAGCUGCCGUACUGUUCAGUGUAUAGGACGAGACUAUCAGGCUAAUUAUUACUAUUUUACCUUGGUAUGAUGCAUGGGCGUCCCCCACCCCCCAAAACAUACACACACACACACACACACACACACACACACAAAAAAUGCAAUGUUCAGCCCUCAACCAUAUCUGGUAUGUCGAUCAUAAUUGAUCUGACUUCAUACAUGAGUUUGUCCCAUCGCCACACCCACAAUUAUGUUUUUCAUUUUUGUAUUUUUUUUUUUUUAAGUACAAAGCAAUGUAUGCAUCAGAUCUAACCUUACCAUUUUGGCAGUAAAGGUUAGAAAUCCCUACACUGUAGGGUUUGAAAAGCACAUUAUGGCCAAUGUGACCUCUGUGUCAUUUGUCAAUUGAAUACACUUAUUUGGACCAUCGUCAUUUAAAUGUGUUUUUUUUUUGUCUUAUUUUGAUGAGAUGUCCAUUUCUAAAUAUUGACAUCUUCACAUACCCCCUCCAAAAAAGUAACCCCAAACAUUUAAAAAAAAAAAGGAAAAACAUUCCACAAAAACCACAAAAAAAGUCUUCCACAAAUGUGUAGCUGUAUUAUGUUUACCUUGUUUUUUAUGUUUAAAAACUCCA